GAUAAAAAAAGAAGAAGCAUUUGAUCAAAGUCAAAAAUCAACAAUAUGCCAUCAGUGAUUCUGAAUCGGAAAUUGUGAGAAAGUUGCAUUUUAAAAGAACUUUCAUAACUUUAAACGUUAUUUGUAAAGAUAAACAAUAAUGUCCGACGAAGAAGAGCUGACUCCUCCACCACCUCCUAGCCUCAAAAGCCCUAGCGCCGAAGGUGAUUGGACAUGCGAAGACUGUGGAAACGUAAAUUUUGCCCGCAGAAACAAUUGUAACCGUUGCAACAAGGGGAAAGCUCACAGCUUGGCUGCUGCUAAAAAGAGAAAGUUGGGAACGGAAAUCGGCAAAGCGGCAGCAGAAAAAAGCAAAGGCCUUUUUAGUGCUGAUGACUGGCAGUGUAACAAAUGCGGUAACGUUAAUUGGGCACGCAGACAAUCCUGCAACGUCUGCAAUGCCCCUAAGUUUGGCGAAGUCGAAGAAAGAACGGGGUUCGGAGGUGGCUAUAAUGAUCGAGGUGUGGUUGAAUACAAGGAACGUCAAGAUUCCGAUGAUGACUAUGACGAAUUUGGGAGGAGAAAGAAAAGGCGACGAACUCACUCAAGAAGUGAUGGGGACGAAGAAGAACGUGUUGAAAAAAAAAGUGCUAGAAGCGAGAAGGUGAAAGAAAGAAUUAUUGAGAAUGAGGAAGAUGAAGAAGAUGAUGAUGACGACGAUGAUGAUGAUGGAGAUUUGUCUAAGUAUGAUUUAUCAGAUUGGGGAGAUGUUGGUGAGGUAGACAACAAAAAGGAUAAGGGCAGAAACAAUUCUUUGUCGCCCUCUCGUAAUAACUAUUGAAUGUAUAUUACCUAUUGAUUUUUAUUUUUUCAAAUUGAAAAUAGAGAAUAUCAGCUGGUCUGAUUUAACAUUUUUAUGGUGAUGAUCAAACUAGAUUAAUGUGUAGUCUGCAAAUCAUAACUUGCUGUUAAUUUUAUUAAAAAUUCGGUUUUUUGCUUUUAAUGUGUAUAUGAUUUUAAAUUUGUUGGACUCAGUGUCUGACAUGAAAAAUAACUUGGAAUUUGAAUACAAUACAAGUUAUUAACAUAUAAUGAACAAUUUAUCCUUGACACACAAUAGCUUGCUUUAGUUAUACUUCAAGAUUUUAAAUAUAUUUUGUCUUAAAACUCAUUUCUACAUUAGCCUCUAAACACUCUAAACAAAUUAUGUUUGUAUUUUGGUCAUUUAUAAUGACUGCCAGUGUGGCAUUACUUGCAUUACAGCCGAACGGCUGCUAUCAAAUUAUUUUUUGAAUGGAAGGGAAUUUUGUGACCCUUCUCUUGAUUGUUUUUGAAUACUGAAAACUAUUAUUUUUUUUAUGUAAAUUUUGUCUGACAUUGAUAUCUUGUCCCGUUCAAA